CAAAGAAUUAGGUCUAAGUAAACUUUACCCACUUCAGGGGAAACCUCCCUCCGCAUAGGCACACUGCAGCUUGUUCGCAGCAGUUCUGUUUUGCUCAUGCCCGUGCGAACUCCGAAGUGUUUUUAUUUUACAGUUUUGGGGUGUUUCGUUUUGCGAGAUUUAUCCGUUUGGAUUAGUAUUUUUCCCUUUUCUCCUUUAACUGAGAGGACUGCAUUGGUUUUAAAUAUACAAAACAAUUACCAUAUUGUCUGGACUUGGGUUAGCCGAUGAAAUAUUGGCCUCGUUUUGCCUGCUCUUUACAACUGUAGAAUGCAGUCAUCUUUGCCAGGAACAGUACCUCGAAUGAUGCGUCCAGCCCCUGGACAAAACUAUCCCCGCACCGGCUUCCCUUUGGAAGUGUCAACUCCCCUGGGUCAAGGUCGGGUGAAUCAACUUGGUGGAGUGUUCAUAAACGGAAGGCCACUGCCAAAUCAUAUUCGACACAAGAUAGUUGAGAUGGCCCACCACGGCAUCCGUCCCUGCGUGAUCUCUCGACAACUACGUGUUUCCCACGGUUGUGUGUCCAAAAUUCUUUGCCGGUAUCAAGAAACUGGAUCGAUCCGACCCGGGGCAAUAGGAGGAAGCAAACCCAGACAGGUAGCAACGCCUGAUGUGGAGAAACGAAUUGAGGAGUACAAGCGCGAGAACCCCGGCAUGUUCAGCUGGGAGAUCCGAGACAAGCUGCUGAAGGACGGGGUGUGUGACAGAAGCACAGUUCCUUCAGGUGAGGCUGCAUCUGUGAGUUCCAUUAGUCGUGUUCUGAGAGCUCGAUUUGGGAAGAAAGAUGAUGAAGACGAUUGUGAUAAAAAAGACGAAGAGGGGGAAAAGAAAACGAAACACAGCAUCGAUGGCAUUCUUGGUGAUAAAGGCAGCCGCAUGGACGAAGGCUCAGAUGUGGAGUCGGAGCCGGACUUGCCCCUGAAGCGGAAACAGAGGCGUAGUCGCACCACUUUUACAGCCGAACAGCUGGAGGAGCUGGAGAAAGCCUUUGAGAGGACACACUACCCUGACAUCUACACCAGAGAAGAGCUGGCCCAGAGGACCAAGCUCACAGAGGCCCGUGUACAGGUGUGGUUCAGCAACCGAAGGGCCAGGUGGCGUAAACAAGCAGGAGCCAAUCAGCUGGCAGCGUUCAACCACCUGUUGCCAGGUGGGUUCCCAGGCAGUGGCAUGCCUACGCUACCGACCUACCAGCUCCAAGAUUCCGGCUACCCGACAACCACACUUUCACAAGACGGCAGUGGCACGGUUCACCGCCCCCAGCCAUUACCACCAUCCACCAUGCACCAGGGAGGGCUGUCGGGUGGGGACAGCGGCUCGGCCUAUGGCCUGUCGUCCAACCGCCACAGCUUCCCCAGCUACUCAGACUCCUUCAUGAGCCCGUCGACACCCAGCAACCACAUGAACCCGGUCAGCAACGGCCUCUCCCCACAGGUCAUGAGCAUCCUGAGUAACCCCAGCGGAGUGCCCUCUCAGACCCAGCAUGACUUCUCCAUCUCGCCCCUCCACGGCAGCCUGGAGGCACCCAACUCCAUCUCUGCCAGCUGCAGCCAGCGUUCCUCGGACCAGUCCAUCAAGACGGUGGACAGCAUGGCUUCUACCCAGUCCUACUGCCCGCCCACCUACAGCACCACCAGCUACAGUGUGGACCCCGUCGCCGCAGGCUACCAGUACAGCCAGUACGGACAGACUGCCGUGGACUACCUAGCCAAGAACGUGAGCCUUUCCACCCAGCGAAGGAUGAAGCUGGGAGACCACUCAGCCGUCCUGGGGUUGCUGCAGGUGGAGACUGGACAAGCCUACUAGACCGGUUCUCCAUCUCCCCAACACUAGCCCCCCUGACAAGCGCAUCUCUCACCCCUGUCUCUCACACAACCAACUCCAUUUUAAACUGGACAGCCAAAAGUGUGUGCAUACAUGUUCCUGUACGUGUGUGUGUGUGCAGCAGUGAGAGACCAGACAGAAGAUUGAGAAACACUUGAGUCUUUGUAAUGUUGAAGAGAGAAAUAGAGUUGAAGAGAGUCUGAAGGAGCCGUUCCAGGAAGAGGAGCCGGGCCUUGUAACUGCUUUAUUGCUCCCCGGCUUCUUUCCACCGUUCCACCAUUCUACAGAAGCUCACUAUUCCUUGUUUCCUUCUCAACCGCAAUACACUCACAGGAAUAUGGAGAGUUAAAGGGGAAGAGGUCCUACUGUCUCUGGCCCGUAUCGAAACAGUACCAUAUGGUUCCUAAGCUACCAGUGUUAUAAUUACUGUCAGUUGUCAUUAUAAUUCUGUUCGUUUGUAUCGCUGUUCAAAACUAUCAUUCUUGUUACGAUGUUGUUUAUGUUCUUUUCAUUUUGUAGAUGAUUUCAUUUCCAUUCGCUGGUAUUAUUUGAAGGCUUAAACAGAAUGAAGGGAGGUGGAGAAGGAGAGAAAGACAGGAAGGAGGUUGAGAAGGUCCUUUCAGCAGCUUGCUACUAUUCGUCUAUGUCAUGACUUUGACUUUCCCACCCAAAUCUUGCUUCAAAAAUUAAAGGAACUUAGAGGCUACAUUGUGGGACACCAUGCUCCUCUGAAUCAGCUGAAUAGGAAUAGCCAAUUGGACUCUCUC